GCCGCCAUUAAGAGCGAGCCUUCAGGACUAUCUUUUCUAAGGCUUCACAGUCCUGCCCAAGAUGGCCGCCUCGAUUCCGGCACCGCCCCCGCCUUUGCCUCUCCCAACAUGGCGGCCCUGAGCGGCCGUCCAGUACGCAACGUAAUAUCGGAAGUGACGCAUCCCGGGCUUUUCCGCUUUGUUUCUACAGCAGGAACCGUGGCUGCUGGGCAAGGGGGGCGCGGUGGAUGUUGACCUUUGCCCCGGCCUCGUCGUGGGGACACAGCGCAUCUUCUCGCAGCCUGCUUCCUCCCACAGAACCUGUUUCUGGUCUCAGAGCUUCCAGUAAGAGAUGUUGCUGCCGCCGCUUCUGCUGCUGCUACCCCUUUGCUGGGCUGUGGAGGUCAAGAGGCCCCGGGGUGUCUCCCUCACCAACCAUCACUUCUACGAUGAAUCCAAGCCUUUCACUUGCCUGGAUGGUUCAGCCACCAUCCCCUUUGAUCAGGUCAAUGAUGACUACUGUGACUGCAAGGAUGGCUCAGAUGAGCCAGGCACAGCUGCGUGUCCUAACGGCAGCUUCCACUGCACCAACACUGGCUACAAGCCCCUGUAUAUCCCCUCCAGCCGGGUCAAUGAUGGAAUUUGUGACUGCUGCGAUGGGACAGAUGAGUACAACAGCGGCAUCGUCUGUGAGAACACCUGCAAAGAGAAGGGCCGUAAGGAGAGGGAGUCUCUGCAGCAGAUGGCGGAGGUCACCCGCGAGGGGUUCCGUCUGAAGAAGAUCCUUAUUGAGGACUGGAAGAAGGCCCGGGAGGAGAAGCAGCAAAAGCUCAUUGAGCUCCAGACUGGAAAGAAGUCUCUGGAAGACCAGGUGGAGAUGCUGCGGACAGUGAAGGAGGAAGCGGAGAAGCCAGAGAAGGAGGCCAAAGAACAGCACCAGAAGAUGUGGGAAGAGCAGCUGGCCGCCUCCAGGGCCCAGAGGGAGCGGGAGCUGGCAGCUGAUGCCUUCCAGGAGCUGGAUGACGACAUGGACGGGGUGGUGUCCGUGGCCGAGCUGCAGACCCACCCGGAGCUGGACACGGAUGGGGAUGGGGUGGUCUCUGAAGCAGAAGCCCAGGCCCUCCUUGGUGGGGACGCCCAGACGGAUGCUGCCUCUUUCCACGACCGCAUCUGGGCCGCCAUCAGGGACAAGUACCGGUCUGAGGCGCUGCCUGCUGACCUGCCUGUGCCCUCUGCCCCUGACGUGACGGAGCCGAAGGAGGAGCAGCCCCCCGUGCCCUCACCGCCCACAGAGGAGGAGGAAGAGGAGGAGGAGGCAGCUGAGGAAGAGGCAGAGGAGGAGGAGGAAGAAGAUGAAUCUGAGGUGCUGGGGGAGCAGCCCAAGGAGGCCCCACCCCCGCUCGCGCCCCCCCAGCCUGCCAGCCCCUCCGAGGAGGACAAGAUGCCGCCCUACGAUGAGCAGACGAAGGCCUUCAUCGAUGCCGCCCAGGAGGCCCGAAACAAGUUCGAGGAGGCCGAGCGGUCCUUGAAGGACAUGGAGGAAUCCAUCAGGAACCUAGAGCAGGAGAUUUCCUUUGACUUUGGCCCCAACGGGGAGUUCGCCUACCUGUACAGCCAGUGCUACGAGCUCACCACCAACGAAUACAUCUACCGGCUCUGCCCUUUCAAGCUUGUCUCGCAGAAACCUAAACUCGGCGGCUCCCCCACCAACCUCGGCACCUGGGGCUCCUGGGCUGGCCCCGACCACGACAAAUUCAGUGCCAUGAAGUAUGAGCAGGGCACGGGCUGCUGGCAGGGCCCCAACCGCUCCACCACCGUGCGCCUCCUGUGCGGGAAGGAGACGAUGGUGACCAGCACCACGGAGCCCAGUCGCUGCGAGUACCUCAUGGAGCUGAUGACACCAGCAGCCUGCCCAGAGCCGCCACCUGAACCUCCCGCCGACGGUGACCACGACGAGCUCUAGCCGGCCAGGUGUAGAGAACUUCAGGAGGCAUGAAGCCAGCCCUCUGCAGUGCCGCCCACCUGCCCCCAUGUCUGUGGAUGGCAGGCCCCCGUGUCUCUGGGUCUCCUGUCCCCACAUGGGGGCGGGACCCGUGUGGGGCUUCGAGUCCUGCUCUGGGGUCCCAGGCGGGACUCAGUCACAUUCCCAGGCCCCAGCAGCCUCCAAAGAUGGGAUGAAGGAGCUCGCCCUCCCUGGGCCCCCCACCUUCGUGGCCACACUCCCACCCCACCCCUCCCCGCUGUGGGGACAAGUGAGUGACUUGACCUGUGACCUCAAACCAAUAAAUGUGAUCCCCCACCCAAA